AUGUACAACGAGAACUGCAAUGUGAAUCUGACGUUUAGGGAUUUCUCAAAUUUAAUCCACUGUUCGUUAGCACUUGCACAACAAGUUCAGAAUCCAAUACUGCCUGAAGCCUACCACAUGGCUCAAUUGCGCAACCUACCCCCAAUGGCAGGAGCCAAUAUCUGGGUCCGCCAAAUCAAAUGGCAACUCAACGUGUCGAAGAUGCCCUUGGAAAAGGGUGAGAGUUCUGCACAGAAGAUGAAAAGGUUCAGUCCGAGUCCUCAACAUUCCGCAAAAACUAGACACACGUGGUUGCAUGACAUCAACUGUCGGAACAUGGGCCUUGAGGGGCAUCCAUUCGAGAUUGUACCUUUGAGCUAA